UUUACAUUCAUUUUCAGAAUACUCGAAAUACGACGUCUGGCAAAUUUGGAAAAAGGAAGUUUCAAAGUCCAGUCUAGAGUGGUGGAAUUACAUCCACAAUAUUGGUAAUGGAAUUGCAAUAUUCUACUGUUGAGACAACUCUUCAUGAGGAUAACAUGGUGAAAACGUACAGCAAUUCCAUGGAUCCAGUAAGGAUCCGUGAGAUAUCUUGUGAUCAAGAAAAUUCACAAGCAAAUGAGAACAAUGUUGUCAGCAUGAUGGGAUUUGAAAAUCAUUGCAAAAAGGAAGAAAGAAACACAAUUUUGAAGAAGGAUCAGAUGUCUGAUGUUGAAGCAAAUGGUGGAGAUCAUGUUUUCUGUAAAAAGGAUGAUGCAGUGAAGCAGAACAAUUUACAGAACAAAAAUGGAAAGAGAAGGUCAGGUGUUGCUCAAAUGAAUGGUGAAUAUGUUUACCAUAAAAAGAUAAAGAAAACAGACGCUACGGAAACAAAGUAUACAGAGGAUACGUAUAAAGAAAUACAAGCUGCAGAUCAAUCAAUACAAUCUUUGCAUACUUUUCACGAUGAAAUGAGGCCAUUGACCAGAUGGAGAAUUGAAGAAAGAAACACAAUUUUGAAGAAGGAUCAGAUGUCUGAUGUUGAAGCAAAUGGUGGAGAUCAUGUUUUCUGUAAAAAGGAUGAUGCAGUGAAGCAGAACAAUUUACAGAACAAAAAUGGAAAGAGAAGGUCAGGUGUUGCUCAAAUGAAUGGUGAAUAUGUUUACCAUAAAAAGAUAAAGAAAACAGACGCUACGGAAACAAAGUAUACAGAGGAUACGUAUAAAGAAAUACAAGCUGCAGAUCAAUCAAUACAAUCUUUGCAUACUUUUCACGAUGAAAUGAGGCCAUUGACCAGAUGGAGAAUUGACUCAUAUGGAUGGAAUAGAUAUCUUGAAGAGAAGGAUGCAAGCGAAAGCAAAGCAAUAAAGCUUUUAGGGGACAGGAUUCUCCCUGAUAAAGAUAUUCUGAACAAAAUUAUGCAAGAAAAAGAAAAAGUUAUUUCGCCAAACGUUAAACGGGAGCUAUUAGGCAGCAUUUGCAUGUAUAUCAGGAGAUUAUCACCUUUGAUAAAUGAUGUAUGGGCAGCUUAUAGGACUAAAACGGGCCAACCACUUGAACGCACAGACGUGGUUUUUGUCAUUCAUACAAGUAAAAAAAUUGAAGGAGAAUGGGAAUUUGAAACGUACCAAGUAUGUAAAAAUGAUAUAACGGACACUUGCAAGCUGGAAAACGAAGCGAUAUACAAAUACGAACAAACAGGUGAUUAUUUAACAACAGAGAUGGCAGUCAUCAAAGCAUUCAUCAAGAAAAACGCGAGGCGAUUAAUGCAAAAGCACAGCAACUUAACAAAAAUAUCUCCAAGUUGCAUGAGAUCAUCCGGGUACCAAACAACAGCUGCUCACAUGGAAAACAUUCCCUGUAUUGCAUUGUAUGUUCAGAUAAAGGGAUUGGUUCCCUUCAAUGAAGAACCGUUUGACAGAACAAUAACGGACAUGCCUUUUGAUGUACGAGAAGGGGUGUUUACGCUUUGUGGAAAACCAGAUGAUUUGCAUCAAAAUGUUAAAAUGGGAUGCGAGAUAGACAGCGGAUAUGGUACCGACCAAGGAACUGUGGGUCCAUUUGUUCAAUUAGAAAACUACUCGGAUACAUAUUUCUUAACGAGUGCGCACGUUGCACUAGAUAAAAAGCAAAUGGAAGGAUUAAAGAAAAGCGAUGUUAAUUACAUAUACUACGGAAAAACCGGCCACAACAUAUUUCAACCACCGGAAUCUAAAACAGUCAGCAAUACAAACUCGCGAUACCCUCUUGGCAAGAUAGUACUGGCCGUCUAUAAGGAGGGUAACGAAGACGAAGCUGGAAUGGAGCUUGCAUUAGUGCAAGUUAACGAAGAUCGAUUACCGAAUGAUGGCAGUUUUCCUGGAUCAGGUUUCCAUUUCUCUUCCGGUGAAAUUCUGAAGCGGGAAAAACUCAUGCCUACAUCUCGUGUGUUCAAGUUCGGAUGUAUCAGUGGUUUAACAGAAGGGCGAUAUGUUGAUGACUGCACAGCUGUUAGAACAACUGCGAGGGGAAAUGCGGUAAGCGUUACUCUCAACAACCAAAUUAAAAUAGUAAGUCUUGAUUCUUCAAAACCGUUUGGUGAACAGGGAGAUUCAGGGUCUCUUGUGUUUGCUGUUGACAAUGGCGAGUGUCGCGCAGUUGGGAUAUUUGAAGGACAACUGGAUCAACAUAACUUCAUGGUUACACCAAUUGAAGACGCAAUCAAUUUUGUUGGCAAUCGCUUGUCGUAUCAUAGAAAUGAAAUAUGUCAGUCUACGGACAGAUUGCAAUUCAACGUUGUACAGCUUCCGUUUGAACGACACCCCGUUCUUUGGAAUCAAACAUGCAAUACGGCAUCAAUGUUAACUGAUAAUGUAGAACACUCUCUGGACACAGUAAAAAGUGAGCUAAGGGACACGAGGGAUAGUUUCAAACGAUAUUUCGAUAACAGAUUUGAUACAUUAGAGAGAUUAAUUAUAAAUCGAACAAAUCAAAACUAAACCGAAAAGCAUAUACUUUUCAUACAAAGGAACAACUCUGUAAACGCCUCAGUUUUCAUAGUAUAAAUAUUAUAUAAUAUGUAGUCUAAGCAAUCAAGCGUUGUUGUUGUAGCAUACACCAACAGAUCAAACGUUUUAAAAAAUAUUGAAACACGAUAGACGAAAAUGCAGCAUCGAAGAGAGAAAUUUAUGAAAACAUAGCUAAACAUAAGUAUAUUAUACACAACCGCAACUUUAGAUUACCUUGUGUUCUUAUCUUUUAUAAAAUAAUACAACAGAGUUGAUUUUCCUGGAAAGCAAACAACAACAAAAACAGACAAAAACAGAUGUAUGUACGACAAGAAAUUACAAAUAAUUGCAUCCACAUUGUCUUUUGAUUAGAUAAGUAAAAAAAAACAUGUUUUGAUAAACUAAUUAUAGUUAAGAUGUUUCAUGGAUCAGAUUAUCUUAGAUAUAGUAAUGGAGGUCUGACUAAAGUUCAGAUUUGUUUAUGUCAAUCGCAAGUAACUCUUUUCGCUGCUUUCUCAUCCGAUUUAUAUUUUCAGCUAAGGCUAUUUUAGCACUCAUUACAGAUAAUUAUUUUACGUUAUCCGGGAAGUCAGACAACUUAUAAAAUAUCUUCAAGUAGGUAUGUGAAAAAUAAUUUCUGCGAAUCAUUAGAUUAUAUUAUUUUUAAUUUUAAAGCCUUUAUUCUUAAAGGCGCGGGAGUCGAUAUUUUUGUUCACCUUUUAUAUCUUGAAAAUUGCGUACACAUUUUUGCUCUCCCAACGGUUAAAACAAAACUUUUUUACACUUUCAUGAACCAAAAACCUGGCACUAAUUGGUUGAUUAAAAGUCGCAAGAAGUUUAUCUCUUAUCAGCCACCAUCAGAUCUACAUGUAAAUUUAAAGAUGAUCUGAACAUUAGUCAGACGGUAUGUUUUGGUAAACAAGUAUCAUUUUCCUAAUAUAUUUUGUACCCUUGAGUGUGUAAUUG